AUGAUUUAUACGACCUUAAAAUAUGCAGUUGUAGAUUCAAUUACUUUGAUGUGCUACUGUGUUGGGCAAUGUUGGUGGUGCAAAACAAAAACAAGAAGAAAGGAAACAAAGCUCAGAAAGAAAUACUUCAGGGGAAGAUUAGAAGAACAAAGGAUAAACCAAGAAGAAGCUGAGAAAACAAAACUCUUUACAGUGAAUGAGUUAAAGAAAGCAACAGACAACUUCAACGAAAAUCGCAUAAUUGGUAAAGGGGGACAGGGUACGGUGUAUAAAGGAAUGCUAAGUGACAGGAAACUAAUCGCUGUCAAAACAUCAAUCUCAUUGAAUGAAAGCCAUUGGAAGGAGUUCAUAAAUGAGGUAAUUAUACUCUCACAAGUCAACCAUAGAAAUGUAGUUAAGCUGCUUGGAUGUUGCUUGGAAACUAAAACUUUGCAUUUAGUUUAUGAGUUUAUCCCCAAUGGCACUCUUUCGCAACUCAUUCAUAGUCCUAAUGAAGAGUUUCGAGUAACAUGGGAUAUUCGUCUAAGAAUUGCAUCUGAAGUUGCCGGGGCUAUUGCUUAUCUACAUUCAUCGUCUUCAUCUCCUGUUUAUCAUAGAGACAUCAAAUCAUGUAAUAUACUCUUGGAUCAUAAGUACACGGCCAAAGUUUGUGAUUUUGGAAUUUCGAGAUCAAUUAGUAUGGAUCAAACCCACUUAACAACUUGUGUACGUGGGACAUUUGGCUAUCUUGAUCCUCAAUACUUUCGAACAAGACAAUUCACCGAAAAGAGUGAUGUUUAUAGUUUUGGAGUGGUUCUAGUUGAAAUUUUAACAGGACAGAAGCCAAUUUGUGUGACUUUAGACUAUGCAACGACUUUGGUGACGCAAUUUGUUGAAACAGAGGAUUCCGCUUUAUAUGAAAUGUUGGAUCCUAUAAUCUUAGACAAUAGCAAUAUGACAGAAGACAUAAUGUUAGUUGCAAGUCUUGCAAAGCAUUGUCUGCAUCCCGAAGGAUCUUUAAGGCCAACAAUGAUGCAAGUCUCCAUGGAACUAGCGUGUUUGAGGAAAAAGGUACAUGCUAAAGUUGCUGCUUCAUCAGAAGGAUACACAUCAGAUCUCAGCCAGGAGUUCUUUUCUUGA